CUUCAGCCUCUCUCUCUCUCUCUCUCUCACUAUUUUCCUCUGUACGGUGGUGAGUGCAGACCAUCAUCGAAUCGAAUUUGCAGAAAUAGGAUUCUCUCUUUUACCCCAAAAAAAAACUGAAUCUGUUCUCCGCCGUCGAAGUUUGAAUUCUCUCUCGUCCUCCCGUAAGUUUUGCCUCUCUCCCACUUCCUUAAUAUCUUCCCCUUCUUUCCUUUCGCGUCUCCUCAAUAUCCAUUCCCACUAAUUUUCUGAUCUCUCUCUCUCCACAACGGCAGAUCUAGGUUGAGCUUCCCCUCCCCCAGCUUCGAUCCUUCUCGCAUUUACGGUAUACCUUAUGCACAAGUGAGAUCAUCGUAGAUCGUGAUUGAAGCGCGAGAGAUAUAAAUAUUAAGAGAGCGAAGAUGAGCGAGGGGCAGAAGUUCCAGCUGGGAACCAUCGGCGCUUUGAGUUUGUCCGUUGUAUCGUCUGUGUCGAUCGUGAUCUGUAACAAGGCGCUUAUUAGCACCCUUGGCUUCACCUUCGCGACUACUUUGACUAGUUGGCAUCUUCUGGUCACGUUUUGUUCCCUUCAUGUGGCACUAUGGAUGAAGAUGUUUGAACACAAGCCUUUUGAUCCACGAGCUGUGAUGGGAUUUGGCAUAUUGAACGGGAUCUCCAUUGGACUAUUGAACCUCAGCCUUGGCUUUAAUUCCGUUGGCUUUUACCAGAUGACAAAAUUAGCAAUCAUCCCCUGUACUGUUCUCUUGGAGACCCUCUUCUUCAGGAAAAAAUUCAGUCGAAAAAUUCAGUUUUCAUUAACCAUCCUUCUCCUUGGUGUUGGAAUUGCAACCGUCACAGAUCUUCAGCUUAAUAUGCUGGGUUCUGUCUUGUCGCUGCUGGCUGUUAUCACAACUUGUGUUGCUCAAAUUAUGACAAAUACCAUCCAGAAGAAGUUCAAAGUUUCAUCCACGCAACUUCUUUAUCAGUCUUGCCCUUAUCAAGCAAUUACACUUUUCGUCACUGGUCCGUUUCUGGAUGGGCUCCUAACCAAUCAGAAUGUGUUUGCUUUCAAGUACACUUCUCAAGUUGUGUUCUUCAUCGUCCUGUCCUGCCUCAUAUCAGUCUCUGUAAACUUCAGCACUUUUCUAGUGAUUGGAAAAACGUCGCCGGUCACAUAUCAGGUUCUUGGACAUCUUAAGACAUGCCUGGUUCUAGCAUUUGGCUAUGUUUUGCUGAAGGACCCAUUCAACUGGCGCAACAUUCUUGGUAUUAUGGUGGCUGUGAUUGGAAUGGUUGUGUAUUCCUAUUUCUGCUCGGUUGAGACUCAGCAGAAGGCAAGUGAAACGUCAACUCAGUUGCCUCAGAUGAAAGAGAGCGAGAAGGAUCCGCUAAUAGCAGUUGAAAAUGGAAGCGGAGUGUUAUCAGACGGUGGUGGUGGUGUGCAAAAGACGGCGGCUCCUGUAUGGAACUCAAAUAAAGAAUAUUAAGAAACAUCGUUAUAUUUUUUUAUAUAUAUGUCGAACUCUCUUUUGUAUCAGCUUUGUCAGAGAGUUCUUUUUUCUUUUGAAAAACUUGUUUAAUUCCUCUCUUUUGUUUGUUCUCUUUUACAAUCGCAUAGCACAGAAGUAGGGGAGAGUGAAAAAACAACAGCUUUCCACAAGGAAGAAAAGCAGAGAGUGAGAGGGCGGACACAACUUUGAUGAUCCAACUUUAUUAUACAGAGCAGUUUAUUUUUGUUAUAUUUGGAACUAGUGAUACAACUGUUGUUUGAUUUUCAGGCUCCUUUACAUGGAUUAUAUAUACACUCCUCACUC